ACUGUGUUGUUGGGCAACAAUGGUGGGCUCGGAGUAGACGGGCUGGAACAGAAAGAAAAUGGUGCAAACGCGGCACAGCACAGAGGCAAGUGGGGCGUCGCCGUCUGACUUAUUGUCCUUUCAACGUCGAAGUAUUCGGAAACCGCAACGGCUUAUUGCUGCUGAUGAUGAUAACAGUGAUGACAGUGGUGUAGUUCAUAUAUCCAAGAGGUCAAGGGCUCGUUUUGAAGAACCUAACUCAUCACCAUCCAGACCCAGAGGACGUCCUCGUAGAAGGCCAGUCAUUUCUAGUGCUGAUGAUGAUAGUGAAGAUGAUGAAGUUUCAACAAAGAGAAGGCAGACAAAAAUUGGGAAAAGCCAUCGCAAAGUAAAUGGUGAUAUUGAUGGUGGCGAUGCUGCUGUUCGUCGUAGUAGCAGACAGAAGAAGUUAGUAUAUGGUACAUGUGAUCAGAAGAUGCUGGAUAAAGUCUUGUAUCUAGAUGGUGUGCCUGUAUUUACAGAUGAAGAUCGGCCAAGGAAAAGAAAGCAGAUGGAGGCUGAACCUGUUGAAGAAACAAAAGGAGAAGAUAUGUAUAGUCGGGUGAAGCGAGUGAGGCGAUCCAUUAAGCGAGAUAUGUAUGGGAUUCCUCUCCCAGAAUCCGAAAACUCUGAUGAUUCUGACUCUGAUGAUGACGAAGAAGAGGAUGAUGAAAAUGGGGAAGAGAAAGACAGUGAUGAUGAGGGGGGAGAAGGAGAGGAAAAUGAGGAAGAGGAAGAAGAUGAUACACCACCUCCAAAACGCUCAUACAAUCUCCGGGAAUACAAACCACGCACACAGCUGUUUGAGGUUCCUAUCGAAAAAAGAAAAACCAGGGUCAGUAUAUUCAGAGAGGCUUCACCACCAUCCCCAAUUGUGAAACCAAGGAAAAACGAAGUGUACCGAUCUCCAGCUCACAGGACAAGGCCUGUGGGGCGAAGAAAAGCAGCAUACCAUGGUAACUCUAGUACCUCCUCUUCAUCAUCCUCAUCUGACGAUUCCAGUGAUGAAGAACGCUUCAAACGCCGGAAGGCAAAAAGCAUGGCGAAAGCAAGAAAUCAAUGUUUGCCUAUGAAUAUGUCUUCAGAGGAUGUCAAUACAUCCGGAGUCCUCCGAGAUCGUGUCAAGAUCGGGUCAAGUCUUGCUGAUGUGGACCCCAUGAGUGUUGACAGAACAACAACAUUUGAUAGUGUCGGUGGUCUGGGAAAGCAUGUGAGAGCUUUAAAGGAAAUGGUUGUAUUCCCACUCUUGUAUCCAGAAGUUUUUGAAAAAUUUAAAAUUAGUCCGCCAAGAGGCUGCCUUUUUUAUGGACCCCCAGGAACUGGAAAAACACUGGUAGCUAGAGCUCUUGCUAAUGAAUGUAGCUCAGGUGAAAAAAGGGUGGCCUUCUUCAUGAGGAAAGGAGCUGAUUGUCUAUCUAAAUGGGUUGGCGAAUCAGAGAGACAGCUUAGGCUUCUCUUUGACCAGGCUUACCAGAUGAGGCCCUCCAUUAUCUUCUUUGAUGAAAUCGAUGGCUUGGCUCCUGUCAGGUCAAGUCGACAAGACCAGAUCCAUAGCUCAAUUGUGUCAACCCUCUUAGCAUUGAUGGACGGAUUGGACAGCCGUGGAGAGAUUGUAGUCAUAGGGGCUACCAAUCGCAUUGACUCUAUAGAUCCUGCCUUGAGAAGACCUGGGAGAUUUGACAGGGAAUUUCUCUUCCCCUUGCCUUCACAAGAGGCAAGAAGGCAAAUCCUGCAUAUUCAGACAAAAGCAUGGAAUCCCAGAUUAUUGGAUGUAUUUGUAAAGGAAGUUGCAGAAAGGACAGUUGGUUACUGUGGAGCUGAUUUGAAGGCAUUGUGUACAGAAUCUGCCCUGAUUGCCCUGCGUCGUCGAUAUCCUCAGAUCUACACAACGUCAGAAAAGCUCCAGCUUGAUGUCUCUUCUAUCAGCGUUGGUGCCAAAGACUUUUUCUAUGCAAUGAAGACCAUUAUACCUGCUUCUCAAAGAUCUGUAAGCUCACCAGCCAGAUCUCUUGCCAACUACCUUCAACCAUUGCUCAAGAAGACGUUAACAGAAACACUCCAAGUCCUACAAAAUGUCUUUCCAAUUGUUCUAGCUCAGCUGUCAAGCCUAGAUGCUCCAGCCACCAGUUCUCAGGGAGAUGGCAGCACUUCUUUGGGUGAUAACGAUUUACUGAGUGAUGAUGAAGACAACAUGCCCAGUAUAUUUGAACAUCGUGGUCCAGGUCGACGCAAGAGUCAUCUUGAAGGGCCAAAACAGCAGUUUAUCAGUUUUACAAGCUACGCAUACAAGGAACCGUCCACACAUCGACCUCGUCUGUUACUGGCUGGUACCCCUGGCCAAGGUCAGUCCUCCCACCUAGCUCCAGCCCUGCUCCAUCACAUGGAACAACUGCCUGUACAUGUUGUCGACCUUCCAUCUCUGUUUGCUGUCAGUGCAAAAACACCAGAAGAAUCCUGUGCACAGAUAUUUCGUGAAGCAAUGCGAAGUGCUCCGAGCAUUGUUUACAUGCCCCAUAUCAACCAUUGGUGGAAUGUACUGGGAGACACACUCAAAGCAACCCUCCAGAUGCUUUUGCAGGACCUGGUACCCACCACUCCUGUUCUUAUUCUGGCCACCAGUGAACAGUCCUACACAGACCUUGACUUUCAGCUUCAGCUCAUGUUCAGUGUGUAUGCUGGAGAAGUGGUGACAAUGACCAACCCGAGUGAGGCCCAGCGGCGUGACUUCUUCUCUGAUCUUGUUCUUAAUCAGACAAAGCAGCCACCAAGCAAGAAAACACAGGCUGCGAGGAGGCUGUUGGAGGUCUUGCCCAAAGCUCCAGCUCCAGAACCUAGGAAGCUGACGGACAAAGAACUUGCUGCUCUAUACAAUCAGGAGGAGGCUACUUUGAGAGAAUUACGCCUCUUUCUCAGGGAUGUCAUAAACAAACUGGGACGUGACAGGAAGUUCCAUAUCUUUGCUAAGCCUGUUGAUUUAGAAGACGUGCCUGACUAUACUGAUAUCAUCACAAAACCAAUGGAUCUUGCCACCAUGAUGUCCAGAAUAGACCGCCACAGCUAUCAGACUGCCAAGGAAUUUAUGAGUGAUAUCAAUCUCAUCUGUAGUAACGCCCUGGAGUACAAUCCAGCCACUGAUCCUGCUGGUCGUGCCAUAAGGCACAGAGCCUGUGCCCUAAAAGACACCGCAAAUGCCAUCCUCAAUGCUGAAUUGGACCCAGAGUUUGAGAAAAGCUGUCAAGAGAUUGUAGCCUCCAGGAAGCGAAGAGGUAUAAAUCCAGCAGAUUCUGCACCUCAAUUCUGCCACACAUUGCCAAAGAAUUCCCAACAAACACCUACCUCCUCUAGUCAAAACACGCCUAUGUCAGGGAUCAACAGUGGCUACCGUGUGAGUCGCCGGGCACGUGGUCUCGAUGCAGAGUCAUCAGUUGAUCUUGAAUUGGUUGAGGCACAGUGGCGAGUGGAAAAGAGAAAUACUUCUCCAAUAAAAAAAGACACAGAAAACUCAAAAGAUUCAUCAGCAAAGUCUGUUUCGUCUUCAAAGAAACCUAUUCGGUUUACAUCACCCUCUUCACACAAAAGUCGUCCAAAAAAAAAAAUAGUUUGGAGUUACACAAAACGUCGUAAGAGGAAAAGGAGGUUUACAUUUGAGCAUGAAAUGAAUACAGAAGAGGAAGAGGAAGUAGAUAUUGAAGAGGAAAAGGACCGUAUUCAUAUUGAUGUGACUCAAGAAUUACACAUAACACCUGUGAGAGACCUUUCACCUAGAAAUCAGACAGAUAUGUCUCCACGAUGUGAUUUGUCACCGAGGGAGAGAGGACAGUUGUCACCUAUUAGCAGGAGGAGAACCCACUCCCCCAGGACUAGAGACAGUGAUCCCCACAAACACUCACCAAGUAUACCUAAGGCUAGUCCUCGUAUAAUGACGGAUGAUGAAUAUUCAGAGUCCAAAAUGGACAUCUCUCAUGGAGACGGGAAAAAUUCUCCGGUGUUCAGGAAAAGGAUUGGAACACGGAGAAGUAGUGAGGGACAUGAUGAAAUAGAACAAUCAUGUAGUUUACAAAAUUCAUCUUCUAGUAAAGAGUGUGAAACAGAAUCUCAGGUAAAAAACACGACCACCAAGGACAAAAUACAUACCUCAACAACUUCCUCAGGAGAACACACAACACCAAGCAAGGACACACUUGCCAAAAACAAUCUAGUGUGUGUGAAUGGGGAAGUUGACAGUGGUGUUGGAAGUUCAGUAGACAGUAAUGGAGACUCCUUGGACAGUGUGGACCAGGCUAAACAACUGAGGGGAAAGGCAACAACUGAAGUAACUGUACCUGGAAAGGAGAAAGAAAAUGAAGAUCAAACAAGUCAGAAGGCUGUAGAACAGGAAGAUAAAGAACAAUCACCAGGAAUUCGGAUGACACGAUCACGGCUUCAGACAAAAGAACAGGAGCGAGCACUAGCCAUUCUGGAGGCUCCCAGCCAGCCGGUGGUUAUUGAUAACGAUAGACUGGCAUGUUUGUUGGAAACCUUGGUCAAAAUUACACUUGAUUAUGAUAUAGAGAAGCUGGAGAAGUUGUAUAGUAUGCUAAGCCAGUGUAUAUAUCACCAUCGAGAAGAUUUUGACAAAACUGUGAUGACUGAGAAUCUAGAAGACUGCGUAAAGCGUUUUGACCAUUACAAUACAGAAACGACUUCCAAAAUUUCGGUUAAAAUUUACUCAGAAAUUCGCGAAAAUAACAAACGGGAUUUUGCGAUUGACGAAGUUUUUCGAGACUUCACGAGAGUACAAAGUGCAACCGGCACCGGCAACAUGUCUGCUAUGCGAAUCCUUGGAGCGUUCAGGAACAUUGCGAAUCAUACACAACGUGGACAAAGUCGUUGGCUGUCAACUUCAAGUGCUUUAGGUGCCAGAACUCAUCUGAGAUAUGAGGUUAAAGAUGAUGUAGCAGUUGUGAAAUUUGACUCUCCAAAUUCUAAGGUAAACACGCUCUCCAGAGAUGUACAGCAAGAGUUUUCAGAAGUGUUUAAGGAGGUCAGUGACAAUCCAGCUGUCAAAAGCAUUGUUUUCAUGUCCGGCAAACCUGGCUGCUUUAUUGCAGGAGCUGACAUAGGGAUGAUAGAAGCAUGCAAGACAAAAGAAGAAAUUGUAGAGCUGUCUACACGUGGCAAGGCAUUAUUUGAUGAAGUGGAGAAAAGCCCAAAGCCAGUUGUAGCUGCCAUUAAAGGCUCUUGUCUUGGAGGAGGACUAGAGGUUGCCCUUGCCUGCCAUUAUCGUAUUGCUGUGAAGGAUAGCAAAACCAACCUCGGUGUGCCUGAGGUUAAACUAGGUCUCCUUCCUGGUGCUGGUGGUACACAGAGAUUACCAAAAACGGUUGGUGUCCAAGCAGCAUUGGAUAUGAUGAUGACAGGUAAAAACAUCAAAGCAGAUAAAGGCAAAAAGAUGGGACUGGUAGAUCAAGUUGUUGAUUGUCUUGGACCUGGGCUGAUGGAUCCAGAAACAGCAACCCUGAAUUACUUAGAGGAUGUAGCUAUACAGGCUGCCAAAGGUUUGGCCAGCAAAAAAUUGCAAAAGAAGCCAUAUUUUUCAUACAUGAAUUCUCUCUUGUCUACAUCCCGGGGGAUGUCAUUUGUAAAGUCUCAGGCUACAAAGGCAGUGAUGAAAAUGACAGCUGGGAACUAUCCUGCACCACUGGAAAUACUAGACGUUGUAGAGAAGCAAGUCGUGGAAGGAAAAGAAAAAGGAGAUGCUGCAGAAUCUGAGGGAUUUGGAAAGCUAGGCAUGACCACUGAGUCUAAAGCUCUGAUUGGUUUAUACCAUGGAGACACAGCAUGUAGGAAAAACAAGUUUGGAAAUCCAGAGAAAAAAGCCCAGAACAUUGGAGUUCUCGGGGCAGGUUUAAUGGGUGCUGGAAUUGUAGAGGUGUCACUGGGCAAGGUUGACUAUGUACAGAUGAAGGAUGUCAACUCCUCGGGCCUGGCCAGGGGAGAGGAUCAGAUCGUCAAGGGAAUGCAGACACAAGUCAAAAAGAAGAAAAUGACAAGUGCAGAGAAGGACAAGGUCUUGUCCACAAUGGAACCAACGUUAUCCUACAAGGAUUUCAAAAACUGUGAUAUGGUGAUCGAAGCCGUGUUUGAGGAUAUCAAUAUAAAACACGCUGUCAUCAGGGAAGUGGAGCAGCAUAUACCAGAUCACUGUAUAUUUGCGACAAACACUUCAGCGUUACCCAUUUCCCGUAUAGCAGAAGCCAGUAAGAGGCCAGAAAAGGUCAUUGGGAUGCACUACUUUUCACCUGUAGAUAAAAUGCCACUUCUAGAAAUCAUAACAACAGAUAAAACAUCAAAAGACACAACAGCAUCUGCUGUAGAUGUGGGACUAAGACAAGGUAAGGUUGUGAUCGUUGUCGGAGACGGCCCAGGCUUCUACACUACCAGGAUCCUGGCCUCUAUGUUGGCAGAAGCCAUCAGACUGUUACAGGAGGGUGUGACUCCAACACAAUUGGACAAGUUAACCAAGAAGUUUGGCUGGCCUGUGGGUGCAGCUACCCUGGCUGAUGAAGUAGGUGUUGAUGUAGCAGCCCAUGUGGCAGAGGAUCUCACCAAAGCUUUCGGCUCCAGGUUUGCUGGUGGAAACCCCAAUGUUCUGGGAGACAUGGUGAAAGCUGGAUACUUAGGACGUAAAUCAGGGAAAGGAUGCUUUGUGUAUGAAAAGGGAUCCAAAAAACGCCCAGAGAAUGCAGGAGCAGCAGAAAUUUUACAAAAAUACAAACUUGACCCACCUGUGCCAAUAACAGAUGAAGAUAUUCAAUACCGACUGUUCUCCAGAUUUGUGAAUGAAUCGGUGAUGUGUUUACAGGAGGGAAUUCUGAAAACACCUUUGGAAGGAGAUAUUGGUGCAGUGUUUGGUCUUGGGUUCCCACCAUUCCUUGGAGGACCAUUCCGUUAUCUCGACUUACAUGGAGCUAAGCAAUUGGUCGAGAAAAUGGAACGAUACCAGCAAAGUUAUGGAGAACCAUUUGCACCUUGCCAACUGCUGUUAGACCAUGCCAAACAACCAUCAAAGCGUUUCCAUUAGAAAUUUAUCUGAGACAUUGUGAUAUUCUUGAAUCUUACGAACAAAUGUGUCAGGGGCUGAAUGGUAUGACAUGGCCAUAUAGUGCUCAACUUUAUCAGGUUUAAAGGUUACAUGUGAUGUAACCAAAGUGUGAUAUGUGAUGCUGAAUCUUGUACAGUUGUGGUGCCAUUUUCACAUGCAAAACUUUUAAGAUAUAACUUCAAAAAUGUUGAAAACACUGAAAGUUAUUGAUGUGAGUUUUGUGUUUUACUGGAUUCAAAGGUGGUGCAUGUGAAAUUUUGAUUUUAUGGCCUGCUGGAAUUACAUUACUUCAAGUAUGAAUCACUUUCAUUCUCUAGCCCAAGGCUAGUCUAUGAAAUCCCUGGUUUCUGAUUACGAGAUUAUUUCUAUGAUAACAUUCAAUUUGACAAAUUUUGUUAUUUCAUUAAUUAAUUCUACAAUGUAAGGUACUGUCGUGGAAGUGUUUUUCAUUCAACGCAACCAUUUAUCAUGAUUAAGUCCAGCAUGGGCAAUCUCAGGAUAUAUUUGUUUUAUAUUAUGUUACAUUUGUAUAAUAUAUUUACCAUUUUCAGUUUAAACAGACAAUAAUUUAUUAUUACCAAAAUUUCGUGGGGCAUCAUGGACAUUCUUGUCAUUUACUGAAAAUAUCUUUGUAAUAAAUACUGAUGUGAUUUAC